AUGCACUAUGGCAGGAUGGGAUGCUUCAGUUUCACCUGUGAGUGCCUGGGAGCCGUUUUGAGCCAAAAUCUAACAUUUACACAAAAGAAGUACCCUCUGCUUAUGGCCGAUUCUAGUAUUCGAGAAGCCGUGGCCGAGAUUGCUACUAGCAGUGCCUUAGAUGCUGCCACCAGGAAGAUUUUAGCUCAGUUUUUGCGUGACUAUGACUCUGCUAUGGCUGAUAAUCAGAAACUACGAACAUCUCUGCUUUCACAAAAGAAAGAAUGCAAGCACCAUGAAGAAUAUAUCGAUUCUCUUAAGCACGCCCUAUCAAUUAGGGUUCAUGACUUUGGGUUUGACUCUGAAGCCGGUGUAGACGGCUUGAUGCUAAUAGGUACCCUGAAGAAAAACCUAAAGCAGGAGGUUGAUGCACAUCAGGAUCUCCUCGAGGUUAACAAGGGCCUUGAGGAAAGACUCGCCAGUUGCAAGCAGACCCUUUCAGAGCUUCUGAAAUCGUCUCAGGCUGCUGCAAAGAAGUUGAAGCAGGCACACGAAAAGUUGGACCUUUACGAUACUAAGCUUAAUAUCUGGGCAUCAGACCUGGCUACAGACGCUGACAUAGAAAAAAUAACGGCCAAGGUCCGUGAGUCUCGUGAGCUCCGAGAAGCCGUGGAAGACAUUUCUCUGGAGCUUAACAUUAUUCCAGAGCAGCCAAUUUCCAAGCUCAAGAAUGAUUUGAUGAAGACCAUCACAGCUAUGAAGUUAGCUAUGCAGAUAAUGGAUAACGAACUGGAGCAAACCAAAGCAGAAAACCAAGAUAUGACUGCAAUCCAGGAGCAGCUUACGAACACUGUUGCAGAGCAGGAGCAGAUAAUUGAAGCAUCGCGACCAAGCCAUGACUCCUCCUAUGCUGAGGAGAAGGCCCGGCUCGAAUUGAUAAUAGAAGACCUUAGAAAGGAGAUCUCCAGGCUCCAAGUGGCCAAUGAGCAAGUUUCUGGGCAACUUAAGGAGGCUGAGAUCCUACUACAACGUCAAACCAUUAGUAGCGUAGCAGGGAGAGACUCCUUUGCUGCAGAGAACGCCACAGAUGCCUUGAUAAAUCACAGCACAAAAAGCGCUUCUAGCUGCUCUUAUGGAUUAGAGGUCACUGGCUCUGUUGUUAACACAUUGGCAUCUGAGUCAGCACCUGCAGCUUGCGCAAUGAAGCUAUCUGACCUUCAGCCCCGCCAAGAGGAGGAUCAGUCGUCAAGGCUUCUCCAGAGUGAGGUGAGGGAAUUUGCUGGACAGAUAGAUGCUUUGAUACAAGAGAAUAACUAUCUCAGAGAGGACAAGCGUGAGCUAGAGCGACAAGUCGACGAUCUACGUCAGAUUAUUGAGCACAAAGACAUGAGUAUUCAGCUCCUGAACGUCAAGGAAGCCAACAGCAAGUCACAGUUAGACGACUUGAUCUUGGAGAAUGUCCAUUUAACGGAGGAGGUUCAACGAAUCAAGCAGACAAGUGCUGCACCGCCCGCCUCAGUGGUAGAUGAGCUCCUCAAGGACGAGGUUGCUGACCUUCGAACGCAGAUUUCCCUUCUUGACAGACGGCUUCGCGAAAGUGAAGCUAGGAAUAGCACGCUUCUCAGCGCGGUUUCGGGGUACGAGGACGUUCUACAGCAAUCUCUUAACACAGUGGAGAAGCUUGCGAAGGGAGCAGCUCACGACCUAAAUCAGGAGUUGGCACAUACUAAUAAAUCGUCAUCUGUACUCCCACAGACACUGAGCCAGACACCAGUAGAAGAGCCGCACCCUCUCUCCAUCACAGAUAUAGCCUCAACAAAACUGUCAGCUAUCAAUGCAGCUCCAACUGGCGAUGAUGGACUGGUUGUUAAUUAUGAGCUUGGACCGGGAGAUCAAAUAGACUUACAGGCAACAGAAACAGGUCACAAGCUGAGCGGAGUCAUUGGAGGCAAUCACAUAUGCAUCACUACCGCUCCGCUUCACUCAAGCACCAAGGAUAGCUCGUUGGUGCACUCCAAGCACGUCUGUGCAAGCAUAGCUGAGUCGACAGGGGAUGAUAGUAGGGGCCAGUCGAUCAAGAUGACUGUCGAAAAGAUUAUUAGCACAUAUCGCCAAUUUGGUAUUGACCUUCCCACUUCGAUGAUGGAACUGGAGGCCGAACUAGGUCUGUAA